GAUCGCCUCCCGGAAGCGCCGCGCGCGUGCGCGCUCUUUCCCGGGGCAGGGAGGGGAGGGUGGAUAGGUGGAUAGGUGGACUUCGGUGGAGAAUGGCAGCCAGGAAUUCCGGGCAGCAACCCCACGGGGUGGCGGCGAGCACCCUCCUGAAAAGGGCGGUGGAAUUGGACUCCGACUCCCGGUACCAGGAGGCUUUUGUGUGUUAUCAGGAGGGUAUCGAUAUGUUGCUGCAAGUGCUUAAAGGCACCAAAGACAAUGCAAAGAAAUGUCACUUGAGACAAAAAAUUUCUGACUUCAUGGACAGAGCAGAAGAAAUAAAGAAGUUCUUGGAGCAGGAAAAAGAAGAUGGAAAAUACCACAAGCAAAUUAAAAUAGAAGAGAAUGCAACAGGCUUUAGUUAUGAGUCACUUUUUCAACAAUACCUUAAUGCAGCUGUUACUGAAGUAUGGAUAGAAGAUCCUUAUAUUAGACACACCCACCAGCUAUACAACUUUCUUCGAUUCUGUGAGAUGCUUGUUAAGCAGCCAUGUAAAGUGAAAACUAUUCAUCUUCUUACUUCUAUGGAUGAAGGAAUUGGGAAAGGUCAGCAGAUCAGUGGCCUGGAAGAAAUAAGAGAAUCACUUUGUAAGCAUGGAAUAGAACUGGAAAUAGAAUUCUCUUCUUCAAUACAUGAUCGAGAAAUUAGAUUCAACAAUGGAUGGAUGAUAAAGAUUGGAAGGGGCCUUGAUUAUUUUAAGAAACCACAGGGACGUUUUGCACUGGGGUAUUGUGAUUUUGAUUUGAGGCCAUGUCAUGAAACAACAGUGGACAUUUUUCAUACUAGGCACACAAAGAAAAUAUGAGUGUCUCCAACCUUUUUUUUUUUAACCUUGCUUUAAAAGUUUAUAAUUUAAAUGGAGAAUUUUAAACACUUUUUAUACAAUAACCAUCCCUGUAGUUUGAAAAUGUAACAAUAAAUCUAAUUUAUAUUUCUAUUGA